AUGGAGUCAGACGUGAAAGUGAACGAAUGUUUUAAAAGCCAGUUUAAGGUUUAUGAAGAACAACAGCAAAGGCGGCUGCAAAACCUAGUGGAGAAGAAGAAGGAGAAGCAGAGCGGUCAGAAGGGUGAUAAUGGCAACACAAAGGAGACUUUUGGAAUCCCGAAUGAUCUAAACCUCUCUAAAACAGGACAACCUGUCAAUGAAGAUGGCAGCAAAAGGUUGCUUGAGGUUGAGAACGAGCAGCUCCAGGAUCAGCUUCGAGAGGUCCGAGAUGAGAACUGCAGACUAUACAAACUGCUGACACAGAAAGAUUUUGAAAUAAAGCAACUCCAGAAAAAAAUACAGGAGGACAGAUUGGCUUUGUCAGGGGCGUCUGGUUUAGCUGGAGAUGUUGCAGCUACUAAAAUAGUUGAAUUGGCCAAAAGGAAUCGUGAGAUAACUGCCGAGACUGAGAGUGAAAAAGCCAAAGUGAAGCAACUGAAUAACAAAGUCAAAGAGCUGGAGAAAGAACUACAGACAGCCAUAGAAAAAAUGCGCCCUCUUGGUGUUGGUAAUGCAGGAAUCAAGCAAUCAACUCUGAAGAUGAUAGAAGGAAACUUGGCCGAAAGUCCAGAGGUGAAAGCAUUGCAAGAAAAGUUAACCACAGCCAACUUUAAAGUGAUGGAGUAUCGUAACCAACUCCAAUCUGCAAAACAGGAACUGAAGAUGACCCAAAAGCUUUUAGCACAUGAAGUUGGUGAAGAUGUGAAUAUUCAAAGUCUCUUGACCAAUUCUGGCAGCUGGCGUGGACGAGCCCAGCAAAUUCUUGUUCUCCAAAGCAAGGUUCGAGAGCUGGAGAAUCAGCUGAGCCAAAACAAGACCAGAACAUCACUGAGUGACAUUGAUGAGGAAUUGCUGGCUCUUACUGAUCCAAGGAAGUUGUCAGCCCAAGAGAAGAACUUGCUGAAGAUUCGCAGCUUGGAAAAAGAAAAGAAAGAAACUUUGGAGAAACUCACUGGGGAACAUGAUGCUCUUCAAAAAAGUCAUGAGGAAAUGAAAAAAAAGCUUGAUGCAUCAAAAGCCAGGAACAAAGUACUGUGCAACGAAGUGAAAACCCUGAAGGAACAGAUCGUAACCUUGCUGGAGAAAGGAAAACACGACGAUGAGCUCAUAGACGCCUUACUGAGCCAACAGAAGCAAAUGCAGGAGAUCUUAAAGCACCUGAGCCAGGAAGACAAGCAGAACAAGGAAUCCCAGGAGACACUAGGGCAGCACUUGAACAGUGAGGUUCAGAAACAAAACUUCCUGAUAGAGCAACUCAGACAGAUGGUGGCUGAACGAGAAGCAAAGGUUAAAGAGCUGGAAGAGGAGAUUGAGCAACUCACACUUCAGAAGAAAUCUGCCCAUCAAGGGGACGGUUCAGGAGCUGCUGAUACACCACCUUCUGAGCACUCAGAAGAUCCAGGUUUUAUUCUGGUCAAGGCUCUGGCAUCAGGCAGCAAUCAGGUUGGAAGGAUUGGAUCUGCUUGCACAGUGUCCAAGAUGGGCCACAUGCUUGUAGAGUCGGCAGCUACUGAGCCUUCCCUUCUUAGUAAUAACAUCACACCUGGAAGGCUUGCUGCCACAGACAGCCCGGAUUUGCAAGUGCUGCAGACGCAGAUCACAGAGCACAAGGCUCUCUGCCAGGCUGCUGAAGUGGAAAGAGACAGGCUCCUGGAACUGGUCACUGUGCUGCAGAAAAGGGUGGAGGAAGGCAACGAUAAACUCUUGGAGGAAAAGCAUCUUGAAAAACCUCACAUGGAUCCAGGGAGGAACACAAGUGCACAGAAACCUCCCCCGAGGAGCAAAACAGGCCGGUCUGCGAGUCACUCCAGACUCGCCUCUAAUGCCAGAGAUAGGAAGGAGCUCUCUGCAGCCCAGCUGUCCAAGCUGCCUCUGGAAUCGCAGAUAGAGGAGCUGAGCACAAGGCUCGUGAUCCAGCUGGAUGAGAACAAAGCUCUGAAGACCGCUUUGGAGACUACUGUGAGAACGAAAGAGGAAGACUUUAAACUGUAUCAAGACACAAUGGAGCAAGUGAAGGAUAUCUUUCUACAGGCCAUUCGGCAGCAGAAACAAGAGAAGAGUUAA